AUGAAGGAGACACUCAGAUACUUGGCAGGAAUUGCAGGCCCAAGUGGUUAUGGCUCAAAAUCAACUGCUGAGCAAGUUUCUCAAGAUUGUUGUUCCUCAGUCCCUUCUCAUCUCACUGCCAUAAUCACUGGAGCAACGUCAGGCAUUGGAGCUGAGACAGCAAGAGUACUGGCAAAGAGCGGGGUGAGGAUCGUGAUUCCGGCGAGAGAUUUAGGGAAGGCAGCUGAAGUGAAGGAUGAAAUUCAAAGAGAGAGCCCAAAGGCUGAGGUUAUAAUAUUGGAGAUUGAUCUCAGCUCACUUGCUUCUGUUAACAGAUUCUGCUCUGAGUUCUUGGCUCUAAGGCUACCCCUCAACAUCCUCAUAAACAAUGGUGGAGUAUUUUCUCAAGCUUUGGAGUAUUCUGAAGACAAAGUUGAGAUGACAUUUGCUACAAACUACUUGGGACAUCAUUUUUUGACAGAAAAGCUGUUGGAUAAAAUGGUGGAAACAGCGGCCCAGACUGGCAUCCGAGGAAGAAUAAUCAAUGUUUCUUCUGUGAUCCACAGCUGGGUCAAGAGGGAUGGUUUCUGCUUCAAUCAAUUGCUCAACCCAAAGAAUUAUAAUGGCACAAGAGCAUAUGCACAGUCCAAAUUGGCUAACAUAUUGCAUGUUAAGGAACUGGCAAGACACCUGAAGGCAAGAAAUGCGAGAGUAAGCGUCAAUGCGGUGCACCCGGGGAUCGUGAAGACCGGGAUUAUAAGAGCUCACAAGGGCUUCAUUACAGAUUCUGUGUUCUUCAUAGCAUCCAAGUUACUAAAAUCAACAUCCCAGGGUGCUUCGACCACAUGCUAUGUUGCUUUGAGCCCAGAAGUAGAAGGGGUAAGUGGGAAAUACUUUGCAGACUGCAAUGAGAGUGACUGCUCGAACCUAGCAAAUGAUGAAUCUGAAGCUCGUAAGUUGUGGAAGCAGACCCGUCUGCUAAUCCAUAGACUACUAUAUCAACCAACAGCUUAG